AUGAUUGUUGGACUGGUUAUGUUCAUUAAUGGUGGAAUUAGUGGUGUAAGCUCGCAAGGAAGAGGUUUUCCUUCUUCGGUCAUUGUAGGUUCUGCCAUGUGGGGAACCGGGAUACUGAUUAUCGGUUUUGGAUGCAUGGCUAUCCGAUCAAGACGUUUGCAGCGACUUCGCCAAACUGUUGCUGAUGAAUCAAUUAAAUAUUCAUCAUCCUCUACACCUGCCAGUUGGAGAAUAGAUACAUUGCAAUGGUAUGGAUGGCAACAAAGAAACGUUACAUAUAAUUUGGUUAUUGAUCUCGGACCAAAUGUUGCUUAUACACAAAAUGUUUAUCCCACACCCAACUAUUCUACUGCACCACCUGGAUACGAGCAAUGUAUCGGACCACAAUCUUCGUCAUCCUACAAUAAUCAAGAACAACCUGUCACAUACUGUUCUAAAUGUGGUACAGUUCGACAAGAUCAUACGGCUAACUUCUGUUCAUCGUGUGGACAAAGUUAUCAGAAAUACUAA